GCCGUGUUGCAUAUUUGCUUCUUUCAGCACCAGAUUGCGCUCCAGAACUCGCUGCAUGGGUUGUCCUCUGUCAGCACACACUGAUCCAUCUUACUUGCAUCACUCCGGGGAGAUUCUCCAGAAUUUGCUGCAAAGCCGUCAAGGGAGGAAGAAAAAAAUUCCUGCAUUUUCAACAACAUCCUUCUCGAUUCCUUAAUCUAGACGCGAUAAACCCGGUCUGUGCUCGGUCAGCAAGAAACAUCCCGGAGAAACACCAACUUUAGGGUGACCCGAGCCAUUGGAAUCUUCCACCCCUCCCCUCGUUUGGCGUGAGCGAGCACAGAAGGUUCAGAGAUCUUCGAACGUCAAAUCUGCCUUGACUCCACAUAUGGCGGACAUCAAAGAUGGAGAUCAGAUCAUGAUGCAAGGCGACGGCGCUGGGGGAGUCUACAAUAUGAAUAACGUUAAUGAUAGUGGGGGACCAGGAAGCGGGGCACCAUCCAAGAAAAAGUCGAGGAGCAGCAGAGAUGCCGCAGCGAUCAAGAGGCGAUGCGUGAGUACUGCGUGUAUCGCAUGCAGACGGAGGAAGUCGAAAUGCGAUGGCAACAUGCCAAGUUGCGCGGCCUGCUCAAGUGUCUAUGGAACCGAAUGCGUGUACGAUCCGAAUAGCGAUCAUCGACGGAAAGGCGUUUACAAGGAGAAGAUUGAUAGCUUGAAGACAAGAAAUUCGACUCUGCAGACCUUAGUACAGGCCAUAUUGAAUGCCGCGGAGGACGAUGUCCCAAAUCUCGUGCGGCAGAUACGAACAUGUGAGAGUUUGGAUGAUGUCGCAGACAAGAUCUUGAGAGAAGAACAGGGAUUGGACGACGACGACGACGAUUUCGAUGAUAAUACGGCAUAUACCACUAAUACCCUCCCGACCUUUGAGACUGAAUUGUCUGGCAAGAUGGGAGAAUUGAGACUUGAAAAUGGCUCGGUACGCUUUCUGGGAGGAACUUCGAACCUUAUCUAUCUGGAUCCAACAGACGAAGACGAGGGUUUUGCCGGAGUCGAACUCAUACAGCAACAAGAUGAACCACUGACCAGUUGGACGACGGUCACCUCUGACACAGAGGUUAUUGUUCAUUUGAUCAAUAUGUACUUCACAUGGCAUUAUCCUUACUUUACUACCUUAUCGAAGAGCCUAUUCUACAGAGACUUUUUACUUGGAAAGCCUCAUGGUACACCAAAGCGGACAAUGUACUGCUCCAGCCUUUUAGUCAACGCUAUGUUGGCUCUUGGGUGCCAUUUUACGAAUUCCCCCAAAGGAUGUGCUGAUCCGACCGAUCCUACUACCAAGGGAGACGCUUUCUUUGCUGAGGCUAAGCGUUUGAUUGUGGACAAUGAUGAAUACGAAAAGCCCAGGCUCGCUACCGUUCAAGCUUUAUGUCUCAUGUCUGUUCGAGAGGCAGGCUGCGGUCGGGAAGCAAAAGGUUGGGUUUAUUCGGGAAUGGCUUUCAGAAUGGCCCAAGAUAUGGGCCUGAACUUGGACUCUAGCAUGACGAACAAUAGAGAAGCUCUGGAUGAGAAAGAAAUCGAUGCGAGAAGAGUAACGUUUUGGGGUUGCUUCUUGUUUGAUAAGUGUUGGUCCAACUAUUUGGGACGUCUGCCACAACUUUCCGGCUCAAACAUAACUGUACCAAAAUACGACGUCUUUCCGGAUGAAGAUGCCGAUAUAUGGUCACCGUAUACCGACAACGGUAUCGGGCAAUUACAUUCCCAGGCAUCUCGGACUCGGGCUGUGGCAUUGCAGAUAUCGAGUCUGUGCGAGAUCAGUAGUGACUUACUAAUAUUCUUCUAUCAUCCUCAACAUGUCGAAAGAUCUGUUGGUAGGUCACAAGAGCUCAAGAAGCUCAGUGAACUUCAAACAAGGUUAGAGGCCUGGAGGAAGGAAUUACCAAAGGAAUUGGAACCGAAAGAGGGCCAAUUACCGAAUGUUUUACUCAUGCACAUGUUCUUUCAUCUCUUGUAUAUUCACCUCUUCCGUCCUUUCCUCAGGUAUAAUCCGUCGACCUCGCCUCUUCCAACCCAUGUCUCUCCCCGAAAGCUGUGUACCCAAGCGGCUGGAUCAAUUUCGAAGCUUAUGCGUUUAUAUAAACGAACCUAUGGCCUCCGCCAGAUCUGUAAUAUCGCCGUAUAUAUUGUUCACUCAGCGUGUACCAUUCAUUUGCUUAACCUUCCCGAGAAGACGGCGAAACGAGAUAUCAUCCAUGGCGUCAAACACCUCGAAGAAAUCGCAGAAGAUUGGCUUUGUGCACGACGGACUUUGAGUAUUCUUAGCGUUCUGGCCCGAAAGUGGAAGAUUGACCUCCCUGAAGAGGCAGCCACGGUCUUCACUCGCACCGAUCUCAAAUAUGGUUUCUUUAGUACUGCGGACGUUCCAUCACCGAAGCAAGAGCUCAUUGUCUCUACUCCACCAUCCACGCAGACUUCACCACCUCGCACAGUUCAAGUACAGUCACAAAUUCAACCACCUCCGCAACCACAGCACAAUCGUGUUCGGAGUCAAAAUCAGCUCCAACAGAGCCUUUAUAGCUAUCACCCCGAGGCUCGAUCAAUGGCGGCCAAUCCACCUAUUCCUUCUAUUUCUAGACCAAACUCUAUCCAGAAUAAUAUGAGCCCUGCCAUGCCCAGCCGCGAAUUCAAUUCAAACGGCAUUGGAUCAAUGGCCAUCCCGAAUGAAUCACUAGUCUCCGCCGUACCCUACUCAAGCCAUCUAUACAACAAUUCCUCCGCCUCCAUAUCCCGCAAUACCAUGUCACCCACCAGCGACCUAGCUCGCACCAACUCUGGAAACAUGUCAGAAGUCUCUGGACCCACAACUAGACAAGUGAGCCCGAAUACCUUGUUCGGCGGUGUCGACGCAUUGGUGGAAAGCCAAGAUUGGUGGCUUCGAGACCAAGCUAGCUUGGCCAUAGGGUUCGACAACUGGAUGUCUAACGGAACGAGCGACUUGUCUGGGGGCGGCAAUACCGGGUUGAAUAACAGCAUCAACGGGAGCGGGACGCAGGAUAUUGUUGAUCCUAUGGCUGGCGUGGGGUCGGGUUUCUAUAUGCCUCCCAAUGGAAAUCUGGAUAAUGCGUCUGACCCUUUUGAUGAUGAUUGGACGACGUAUUCUUGAAUGAAUUAUGAUUAGCAAUGAUUAAUCAACGGGUGUUAGGAUGGUUGAACUUGUGACGAUGGAGUUGAACCCUGGGCUGUAUAUAAAUGGCGUUGGCAUCUCAUAGGUAUGGAUGGACGGUCAAGCGAUCUAGGAUAGGUGUCAUGGGAAGGAGGCUGGGAAAAGAAUUUCUACGUACAUUUAUGAUCUAGUAGUCCUUGAUUGAUAAUAUUCUGACCAUUGUAGCUACAAAGAGAUCUG